AUGCGAUUCGAGCAGUUGAGAUGCUCGGAGAAGGAUGCGAGCUCGGCGGGGGGGACAAUGGGUGGUUUGGCCGUCGAGGCCAUCCUGAUGAACUGUCUGAGCUGCAGGUUGGCGGAACCACCGAAUCCUGGCGCACUGCUCGAGGAAACAAUCACCGCCGACACUGUCAAGCAUCAACCGUUGCCUCCAGCUGUCAAGGGCGACGUCACAGCUGCUAUCGAUAAGAAUGAGCAUCGAUUCGGUGCCGAGAGAAAGCGAUCCUCGAGCAAGAAGCCGCUGAGUAGGUCGUCCAUCAUCGCGGAUAUGAACCUAUGCUCGCGCGCAUUGCGCAACGCCUUGAGAGCACGGCAAUGUAUCAAUCGACCGGCGUGGCGGCUACCGGAUAGAAGAUGCGCGCGGCGAACAUAUGCAUCAGUUUCCGCAGCAGACCUGCAGUUCGGCCAACCGGUGCAUGAGACACAUCCUCAUCUCGUCCAGGCUGGCGAAAUCACACCGGGGAUCACCGCUCUCGAGUAUCACCAGCGACGCGCGAAGCUUGCAGAAGUCCUCCCUACAAACUCCAUAGCCAUCCUCGCCGCGUCCGACACCAAGUACCGAUCCGGCGCCGUCUUCUACGAAUUCCACCAGGACCCAGACUUCUUCUACUUGACGGGCUUCAACGAGCCGCAAGCCCUGGCUGUUAUAGAGAAGACUGGAGCCGGUGAUGAGCAUGCCUUCCACCUCUACGUCCGAUCUAAAGACUCCAAGGCCGAGCUGUGGGAUGGAGCGCGCUCAGGUGUACAAGCGGCACAGGAUGUCUUCAACGCGGACGAAUCUGGCGACAUCAACCGCGUUUCAUCGAUACUUCCCGACAUAGUCCGGAGGGCUGAAGUGGUCUACACAGACCUACCCGGAAGCGUAAAUUCCCAGUCUGCCUUCACGCAGUACCUGACAGGCGCCGCACCUCAGCCAACAGCAGGCUUGCCAAAGCUACUUCAGGAGGCCAGGAACACAGCUGUACGGCCGCUGCGACCAUUGAUGAAUAAUCUCCGUGUCACCAAGAGCGAGGCGGAAAUUCGCAACAUGCGUAGAGCUGGUCAGGCCUCUGGACGCGCCUUCACAGAAGCCAUGCGCCAGGGCUGGACAAAAGAGAAAGACUUGUGGGCAUUUCUCGACUACCGAUUCAAGGCACACGGCUGUGACAGCUGGGCGUACGUACCUGUAGUUGCCGGAGCUGAAAACGCUCUCAGCAUCCACUAUGUGCGGAACGACGACGUUCUCAACAAGGGAGAUCUCGUCUUGGUCGACGCUGGGGGCGAGUACGGCGGCUAUAUCGCGGACAUCACCCGAACAUGGCCGGUAGAUGGCAAGUUCUCAGACGCGCAGAGAGACUUGUAUGAGGCUAUACUGAAAGUGCAGCGGACCUGUGUAUCAUUAUGCCGUGAAGACGCGGAUAUGACGCUUGAUAAGCUGCAUAAAGUCGCCGAGAACGGCCUCAAAGACGGGCUGAAGCAACUCGGUUUCAAUAUGUCAGGAGACGCACUCGUGACACUCUUCCCGCACCAUCUCGGUCAUUACAUUGGCUUGGACGUCCACGACUCUCCAGGCUAUCCCAGGAAGACGCCCUUGAAGACAGGACAUUGUAUCACUAUCGAGCCAGGUGUUUACGUUCCAAAUGAUGAGCGGUGGCCAGCUCACUUCAGAGGCAUGGGCAUACGGAUCGAGGACAGUGUAUGCAUACAACCGGAGAGCCCGUUGGUCUUCACGCCGGAAGCAGUGAAGGAGGUUGUUGACAUCGAGGCCUUGCGGCGUUGA